GCGGGGUGUUCGCUCGGCCGCCGACUUCUCGGACGGGAUCUCUCUCUCUCUCUCUCUCUCUCUCUCGCCCCACUUUCUCUUCUCUCUCUCGCUCGCUCGCUCGGCCGCCUUCUUUCCAAGCGGCGACGACAGGGGAGUGGCGCCGGUGUUGCCAGUUCUUCGUCGGGCGCUUCGCCGGCCGACAAGGUGUUGCUUAAUUGAUGCUGUUGACUUGACUACAGUAUUUGGUCCUCCUUUUAAGGUUCAUAUAAUUAUUUGUGAUCUUGUUGGAGUACUCAUGUAAAGGCGGCAAGGCAACCCGAGGCAAGCUGGGUAUGCCUGGACGCGGCGCCUAAGGCGACAAGGGUGUGGCUGUUGCCCAAGUGGGGCUGCAGGACCAAUAAGGAGUGCUCACGCCAAUCUCUCUGCUUGUAUAUGGUAUCAGUAGGGAGUAUUAAUGACUGCAUGAUCCUUUGGGCAAAAUGGAAGGAAAUAACCUACCCUCUGGAAGCUUGAUGCAAGGAACACCUUAUGGUAGUUUAGACUUGCAUCAUAACCACAUGCCAAUGCACGCACCAAACUCUGGAAACCAGGGCUUCAAUCACCCUCAGAUGGCCAGCAAUUUCCCCAUUCAUCUGAAUCAGGAUACAGAUUCCGAUCAGCUGACUGAAUUUCAAUUUGGAGAACAUGGCAAGGCCAACCACCACCACCACCAGCAAACAAAGAAUAGCAUGAGCGAUGAUGAGGAACAUGGUGUCCAUGAGGAUGCCACUGAUAGCCAGACCGGCAAGGGCAAGAAGGGCUCGCCAUGGCAUCGGAUGAAGUGGACUGAUUCAAUGGUUAAGCUUUUAAUUACCGCAGCAUCUUACACCGGGGAGGAUCCAGGAGCUGAUUCAGGAGGUGGUAGGAGGAACUGUGCAAUGAUGCAGAAGAAAGGCAAGUGGAAGGCCAUAUCAAAAGUCAUGGGUGAGCGAGGCUGCCUUGUAUCGCCACAGCAGUGUGAGGAUAAGUUCAAUGACCUCAAUAAGAGGUAUAAGAGGCUUACAGAUCUCCUUGGUCGGGGUACUACUUGCAGAAUUGUGGCAAAUCCAGAACUUCUGGAUAGCAUGACUAAUCUCUCAGAUAAGACGAAAGAUGACGCGAGGAAGAUAUUGAGCUCUAAGCACUUGUUCUAUGAGGAGAUGUGCUCCUACCACAACAAUAAUCGGUUUAAUUUACCUGAAGAUCCUGCACUUCAGCAUUCGUUGCAGCUUGCUCUUAAGUGUAAAGAUGAGCAUGAUGCAAGGAGAACCAGUGGAGAUGCUGAUGAAGAUGAUCAAAGUGCGGACACUGAUUAUGAGGAAGAGAAUGAUGAUGAGCAUCCAGCAGUGCAUGUCAAUAAGGGGACCUUGCCCAUGCAUAAAAGAAUGCGGUACAUGGCGAAUCAGGAGGAUGUAGGUUUCGGCAACUCUUCAAGCUCACAUGACUGCAGCAGGAGAUCUGAUCCCCAUAGCAUUGCCGUGGAUAUUAACAAAGUCUUCCCGGAUGGAACUAACUUGGCUUUGGUGCAAAAAGACUUGGCUACACAGUCUGCGGAGAUUGAGAAACAGCGCAUGGAAAUUGAAGCUGAGGCGCUGGAGCUUGCAAAGCAACGCCACAAGUGGGAGAGAUUUAGUAAGAAGAAGGACAGAGAACUGGAAAAGAUGAGGUUGGAGAAUGAACAAAUGAAGAUUGAGAAUAGACGUUUGGAGCUGGAGGUAAGACACAAGGAGUUGGAUCUUGAACUCAGGCUAAAAGGCAAUGGCAGUCAGGCAUGAUGUGAUGACAUCUAAUAAAUUGCAAAGGCUGACUUGCAAUAUGGUUACUUAUGGCAUUGAUGUUAGAGUACUUCAAGAAAAUUGACAAGGACACGUUGCAUUGAGCCACUGACCAUGCAUUUUUCUAGGGGUUGCAGCGUAGAAGAAAUGUUUAUGAUGCCAACGAUGGUUCCAUUCAAAUUGUGCUUCUUCCUCGCAAUAUCAUUUGUAUAUUGGAGCGGCCGAUUUGUACUAUAGCUCUUAAUUCUAUUUGCGUGCUAUGCGCUAUUAUUCUGUUGUAAAUUUCCACGUACAGCUGUAAUAUGGUCAGAUUGUUCUUCCAGAAUUUCAGCUGCUAUUCAGCCUAGCCUAGCCCUGUUUAUUCAGUGUAUAGUUCUUUGAUGUAGGUCAACUACUUAUUGAGUGGUAAAAACUGGCUUGACGCCUCCUAGGCUGUGACUUUAA